GAGAGGAGACUCACUUCGAUUUGUGAGGGUGGAUCAAACGUUCGGCGGAAGGGGCUACGCGCAGACGACUUUGAAUUGAUUUAACUUAGUUUUGAGGACCAGGAUAUUGGAUUAAUAUUCGUCAAUUAAUCUCCGCUGCUAUCAAGGGGUGACACGUUUUCCCUUUUGAGAGAUUUUACUUAUAUUUUUUAUAUGGUAUCUUUCAAAUGCAGAGAAAUAGAUUAAUUUAAUAAUAUACCUUUUUAUAUCAAACUUAAAGCCUUAUUUACUCCGUGUUUCUUUAAAUUGUUGUUAAAAUAUUAAACAGUAAAUCGUUUUCAAAAGCAUAUCAGCGUCAAAAAAAAAAAAGUUUUUUGAAUCAAAAUAUAUAUUUUUUGGACUUUUUAAAGCUUCUAUGAGGAAUAAAUAAGGUUCUGUAUUGAACGAGCACUCUUUUUUUUAAUGCUUGAUAAAUGCAGUUUUUCAUAUCAUUUAUUAAAAAAAGCUGCAGUGUCGAUAGAUACAAAGUUUUUCCAAAUUAAAAGAGCAUUCUGAUAUAAUCAUCGAAUUGAAAGAAUAAAGUUUUUAUUGUCCAAUAUAACAUGUUCCCACCUGGCAAAAAGUAAAGUAACAAAAGUGAAGUUUUGUGCAAGUUGACGCAAUGCCUUGGAUGUGUAUUUUAGGAAAAGUUUGCAAGGAACAAUAUCGAGAUUUUCUCAAGUUUUUAACCACCAGUGUUUAAAACAAUGUGAAAAUAAAAAAGAGCAAUUUUUAUGAACUGUAAUACGUGUCAAAUGCGUUUCCCACUUGUGAUUGUAGAGCAAAUAUUUAAGAUUAACAGCUGAAGAAAUAUGGAUUGGGAUUAUUAUUUGAAUAUGGAGCUGGGCUCUUGUAUUGUAACUACAAAUGUUAAAAGUCAUCGACUGUUUAAGAAACUCAGAAGGAAACAUGAAAAACAACAAACCUGUAAGUGGGAAGCCAAGUGGAAACACCAUUUCUUCAAAGAACCAAGUACAGAGCAUUUUAGGACCUCCUCGUACAAAUAAAGUACCUUCAUCAGAAAAAAUUUUAUCAUCAACUUCUGUUAAAAAGUCAUCAACUGUCAAAUCUCGCUCUAACACUUGCUCCAGUAGUCAAGAAAGUCUCUCUGGAAUCGGUACUAGUGUUCGUCGGAAGACAAGCGUUCAACCAAAAGUGUCCUCAUCAAGUGCAAAUAAAAAUGAUUGCACUCCUAUACGUUCCAUAAAUAACUUACAAACAGUUGUGCCUCUUUCUUCUACUAAAAAAGCAACUUUCAGGAGACUUAAUCAAAGUAAUAUGCGUCGAGCAGUUAGUAAAGACAGUGUGGAUUUUGCUGCGAAAGAGCGUGAGAAGGAAAAUGUAAAAAUUGGUCUGAAUCGAAACAAAAGUAAUAACUGCAUUACUAUUUUGCAAAUGGAAAAAGAGAAAGUUAAAAUGGAACAGCAAAUUUCUGAACUUGUUAAAAAUGCUGAAAGCAAAAAGGCAGAAAUUGCAACAUUGAAGAUGGAAAUUAACAAAUUGAAGGAUCUUAAAAGCGAUGAUGCUGUUGAUCAGCUAAGACAGGAGCUUGAAAGUGUACAAUUGGAAAACCAGGCUUUAAAAGAAAGACUUCUCCAACUGGGUGUUCCUCUUGAAAUGACUGCUCUCUCAGACACUCAGAAGGAACAAAUCUUAAUUCAAAGAUCUCUUUCGGGAUCAUUUUUAAACUUUGAGAAAAACCAGAAUAAUUUAUCUGAUGGUCCUAAGUCUCUUGAUACAGAAGUGGGUGAAGCUUCUGGUGUUAAUUUGCCACCAUCUGGACGCAGUCUUUCAGAAUGGGAAAGAGGAAGCAGUAGCAGUUUAAGUGAAAUGUCUGUUGCUUGCCUGCAAGACAGAAUUAUGCAAAUGGAAGAAACACAUCAUAGCACCAAUGAAGAGCUGCAAGCUACUCUGCAAGAGCUUACGGACCUUCAAGAUCAACUUGUUGAUUUACAACUAGAAAAUGAGCGAAUGGCAGAUGAAAAAGCUGUACUGUUAGAAUCUCUCUGCUCGCAGACUGAAAAACUUGAAGAAUGCCGAACACAAAUCACUCAACUGAAACAACUUCUUUUCCAACAGCAUAAUCAGGAAGGACUUCCCCUUUCUCCAUCCGAAAGAGAGUGUAACUUAGUUGACUUGCUCAAGAAAGCUCAAGAAGCUCAUGACGUAUUGCUGAUGAAACAAGAAGAAUUAUCAUCAGCUCUGCAAGCAGCAAAGAAUGAUUGUGGCCCCCAAACAGAUUUGUUGCUUUUACGAGACAGAGUGAGACUCUUAGAAUCUACCAUUGAAAGUAUCAAUGCUGAUAAGCGUCUGUUAGAAUCUCAACUGAAUGAGUGCCAGGAACAGUUAUCUGCUAAUCAAAUAGAAGUAUCUCAAUUGAAACUACAACUUGAAAAUGAACAACAAAAGGUUUCUGAGCUUGAGAAAGAAAGAGAAGCUGGAGCUACAUCUGAAUUGAAUGCUUUACUUCAGGAAACUCGUAAAGACAAAGAAAAAGUGGAGGAAAGAGCAGUCCGCUUGCAGGAACAGUUAGCUCUUAGUCAAAGAGAGGUGACACGAUACAAAGACCAGCUUCAACAGUUGCAAGAAGAAAAUAUGGUUGCCAAAAAUAAUGCUCAUAAAGAAAUAACAGAUAUGGAAUAUCGAUUGCAACAAAUAACAGCAGAGAAGGAGUUGUUAUCCAAAGAAAUGGAAACACUGCAAGAUGCAUUGCAACAGACAAAGCUAACCUCUCAGCAUCACUUAGAAGAUAAGAGACACUUGAAAUCUACUGUGGGUGAACUUCAAAAAGCUGUUAAUGAAACAGCUUCUCAACUUACACAGACUCAAAAAGAAUUGGAAGAAUUGAAGAAAAAACACAAAGAAGAGAUUGAGGAAUGGAACAGAUUUCAGACUGAUUUAUUAACCACUGUAAGAGUUGCAAAUGAUUUUAGUAAUGAAGCUCAGCAAGAUGUUGAACGUCUAACUAAUGAAAACAAACAGUUAAGUGAGAAAAAUGCUAGUCUAGAAGCAGAAAUCAAGUCUUUGAGAAUAAAAUCAGAGCCUCAAUCUCCAACAUUCUCCAAAACCAACUUAAAAUUCAAUGCUGAUGUAAAUGUUAUAUCCAAUGUCGAAAAAGACCUUAAUAACACUACACGCAGGCAAUUGUCUUCUACCAAAAGAGCAGAUAGAGGAGCUAAUCAAUUAUCAGUUCGCUCACUUAUUGAGUCUAUAGAAAAUGCUACAAAGCAUGCAAAAGGACAAGGUCCUAGUAGCAGUUGUAGUUCAUCUUCCAGUAGCCUCAAUAGUAUAGCUUCUGAAACAAGAUUAAAUACUAAUACCAUUCUGAUGAACAAUAGUAAUGAUGUGUAUAUUACCCCAAGUAUUCGCUCUUCUGCUGAUUCUCUCCCCAAAGAUGUUAAAACAGCAUCUCAGAGUACACGGCCAUCUAAAAAAACGACUAAUGAAAAUCUUAACCAUAUAGCUAUAAACAAUGGUACCUUAUCUGGAGAACAGCAUUCGCUUUCUAACAGAGGAGAUGGGGACUCUUUAAAACCUCUGCCUGCUCAUCCAGUAUCUAUUCUAUCCAGCAAGCUAGAUCCCAUACGGAGGAAUAGCUAUGGAGACAUUGUUGAAAAAAAGGAUCCAUUAUCUUCUCUUGUAAAAGGUGGAGGUUCUAAGAGAAAUGCUUUGUUGAAAUGGUGUCAAAAUAAAACAUUGGGAUAUAAGGGAAUUGAUAUUACAAACUUCAGUAGUAGCUGGAAUGAUGGAUUGGCAUUUUGCGCUAUAAUGCAUUCAUAUUUACCUAAUAUGGUUCCAUAUGAUGAACUUGACAGCAGAGAUAAGAGAAGAAAUUUCACUUUAGCUUUUCAAGCUGCUGAAUCAGUUGGAAUAACAACUACUUUAAAUAUCAAUGACUUGAUUUCACAAGAACGACCAGAUUGGCAAUCCAUAAUGACAUAUGUCACACAAAUUUACAAACAUUUUGAAACAUGAGAUAUCUUUUUUCUUCACAAGUGUUAAGUGUAUGUGCAUACAGUGACUGGCUUCUGUGAAUGGAUUUCUACUUGUCUGCCAAUGUUCUAGUCAAAAUAUGUGUCCUAAAUAUGGAACUAUUUGCAAGGGUGCAUACAGCUAGAAUGCCAAAACUUUGAAGAAAUUGAUUUAAUAUUGAUUGAACUUUUCUAAUGAUGUUUGUGAUAAAAAAAAACAAGAGUUUUAUAUUUUUGAUUCCCUUCUGAAGGAGGUCUAAUUUUUGAAACAAAACUUAUUGCUAUUUAUAUUACAUUUAUUAGCUUUCAAAAUGAGAGCAAUAUCUGUGAUUAUAAGUAUGUGUUCAUACGGUAAAGAUAUAUUUUUUUUAAUAAUUUUGAAUUGAAGUCUUGUUAUAAACAAGAUAUGUUUAUACAAGUUGUAAUUGAUUUUUUAUCUUAGGUUUUUAAUAGUAAUUCUUUUCUCAUUUUGGCAGAAAGUGCAUGUAUAUAUGUAAGUUUAAAAGAGGUAUAAAAUUUGUGUGAUUUUUUGCAUUUAAAAUAUGUGAACAGUUGCAGUAUAAUUGCUUAAAAACUGCAAAAGACGGCAAAUAUACCCAAUUAAAUUGAUUAAAAAUCAAAGAUUCACUUAAAUAGUUACUGCUCUUAUAAAUCAGUGAUCUAUUCCAAAGUUUUUUUUUACAUAUGUUAAAAACGUUUUAAUUUAACUUAAAAUAUUCAGUUUCUUAAAAAUACAUCUAAAAUCUUAUAUUUGUAAAACUGGUAAAAAUAAAUUAAAAACAUAUAUGCAAUGGUCAUUAAAUUGCAUUUAUGUGGGCUCAGUAUAGGACUCUUUUAAAUAUGUUUUUAAUUUUGGUUGCAUUUUUAUCAUUCAUUUAAUUUUUUAUUUAUCAUAAUCUUGAGAUUUUAAUCACCUGGUAAGUUUCGUUGCUUACUAUUUUAAAUUUAUAUCUGAGUUACGUGCAUGCAAUCAAUGUGCACAUAAUGAAAAUAUUUUGAAAUGAUAAUUUUGCAUGUUCUAACGUUAAUUAAAAACUCAAGCACAAAUUCUUUUUUAAAAAAAAUUUAUCAUGAUUGGAAAUUAUUCCACUAAUUAAGCCUACAUAAUAACAAAAGGUUGAUAUUAAUACAUAAUAACCUUUGACAGUUUUUAUGUAUUUUCCAAUUAAUUUUUCUCAAAUUGCCACAAGUUAGUAGAAAAUAUGUCUCCAUUUAAAAAAUCAAAUUAAUAAUACACAUUGACUUCAAAGUUGUCGGUAAUGAUUUAGCUAUUUAUUUUUUGUGAAAAUAAAAUGCUUUAACUGAAUGUAACGAUUCAGUGCUGGUCACACUAGCUCAUCAAAUCACUGUUUUUAUAAAAAUAUAUUGCAAGUUGUUAGCUUUUUGUAAAUUUUUGUUAUUGUGUAUAUACUUAUAAGUAUGCAAUCAUCAAUCCCAGUGCUUUGUUUUACCAUGCAAAUAUGUAAUAUAUUGAAUGUUCAUUGCAAUGUUUAUUUUCUAUAACUAUUACCAUGAUAACUGGAGCUGAUCAUAUUCUUAAACUUUUUGCAUUAUUUGACUCUUUUUAAAGCAUAAUUACGAAAUGUAGAAUUUUCCAAUUUCAUUAAAUACACAAAUAAACUUAAUUAUAUGUUAAUUUAAAUAUUCAUUUGAUUAAGUUAACUUAUGUAUAACUAUUUAUUAGUUUAUUUUUAUUUGCAUAAUUAAAGAGAAUCACAUGUCUGUAGUAUUUUAAAUCAGUAUUAAUAUUCUUUAUCCAUAUUAAUUCAGAUAUUCACCAUUUCGUUCCUAUUUAUUUCAUGUACAUAGGUGAAUAUAUUAUUUAUCUUUAGUGUCUGUUUAAUGAAAGCUUGUAGCUCUGUGUUAUUUUCAAAUUUUGAUAUGCAAUAAAUGUCAUAAUGUUA